GGUGCUGGAUCCGAUCAACGAGAAGAACGGCAAUCUGCCGUCACACGCAUCCAUGCUGCUGCCUUCGGUGACGCUGAGCGAGCUUGGUAGCGAGCCCCGCACGCCGCUGUCUAUAACGCCCACGUCAGCCAUGUCGCAGCACUCAUAUUGGUCGGUGGGUCGCGGCUCUCAGCAACCGUUCUCCCUCGAUCACGACCGUUCAGACCCUUUUCGCGCCAUGGUCUUCCCGCCGCCCUACGACUUGCCCCCCAAGUACGCGACCAUGUACUCCGUCGCCUCUCCCACCCACCGGGAACACAUGGCCAGCUUUACGUCCACGUGUAGGCGGUCCAACAGCAGGUCAAUGGACCCUGAGGGGUCUAUGGGACCAGACUCCUUUACUUGCAGGUCCCAAACCAGUGUAAACGGACAAGCACCGAAGCCAGGACGGGCGCGGACACGCCAGUUGCCGUCACGCCCCAGAGACUCUAAUAUCGACAGCGACAGCAGCCUGUCGAGCAUCAAGGCAGCCAGCAGCAGUACGUCCAGGGACCCAUGCGUUGUCGAAGGAAGGCGGCUACUCGUGUCUAGUUUGGGCUACAGCAGCCCCAAAGUCCUGAACCCUGCGCUGGACGAGCUCGAUGUGAACGUCAACAAGACAAAACACGCGAUCUGUCGCAGGAAAAGUGUGCACGAGAAAACUGUGCCCUCACAGGCGAAUAAAUAUGGUAGAGAGUCUGCCAAAUGGGACAAUCAGUCGCCGAUACUAGCCAGUAGGGCGAAAGUAUCUCGGUAUGGAGCUGAUCAAAACACGAACAUGACUUUAAGUACAGGGUUCAAAAUCGAACAAAUGCCACUGUUGACAAGCACCAAUGGCAGCAGUAGAAGUCGUAGCAGGAGUCGAAGCAGUUCUCACUCACGACGAGUCAAGGAACAGAUGGUGAGCAGCGCUCCAGAAUCUGAUUUAAUACAAAAUUUGGGCAUUGCCACGGGUCUAAGUGCUGAGCCAAGGAAAACAAUUUCUAUGGUCACUACAGGAAAGGAGGAAAACAGACCAACUUCGAAACCCCUUGGGGCCGAAGGGUUAAUCAAAGAAUCUGAAAGUUCCACCCUUCCUCCAGAGAUGGAGGUCAGCGAGAAGAAAGUUCAAGAACCAAAUGUAGGAAGUUUAGGAGCCGUGGAAGUGGAACUGAAAUACCAAGCAGUGCAGCAGCAGCUUGUCGUGACCGUCAUCUCGGCAUUGAGUCUACCCGUCCGGUUCCACAACCCAGAAACCAAACUAUACGUCAAGGUGCUGAUAGGUACCAGCACCCGGUACACCACGCCUGCGGUGCCAGGUACCGAGAGCCCCAACUUCAGCUGCACCCUGGCGCACCGCGUGCCCUCAGCCUGGCUGUCCCGCACACCGCUCAGACUCUCCGUGUGUCAGAUUGACGGCCAAAACCGUCGUGUUGUGGUUGGUUACGCAACCGUGAACCUGGCAGAAUUGUGGCCCAUCCUGCACCUGAACACACGCAUAAGCCACAACCUUACCACUCACCGCCUCAUCUUGCCGCUCAGCGACUCCACGCCGCAGCAUCAGCUCGCCUGCGACGGCAACAUCACCUUCGGGUUGAAGAGGGACUGCAGUAAGGUGACGGUCUCCAGCGUCACUCUGCAGGACGUGCGCAGUUCUGCCAACCUCGACAUAGGGAACUGCCUGGUCUAUCUCAAGGCUUCCGUUUAUCAGGGCAAAGAAAUAAUUUGCUGGCGGAGAAGUCAACCGGUUCUUUUGAACCGCCAGCGAACCCAUUUAACUCACGAGCUCGAGUUGAAAAUCGAUCCUAAACUAGGCGACGUAGCCGCUCAUUCUAGCAGCGAACCAAGCGCUGACCUCUCAGGUGCAUCACAGGGAGCGGCGGAAGCUUCCACUUCAACAUCGGACAAAAACUUAGACUCGCCAACACAACAACAUUCGGAAAACGAACCUCGGGAGUACCAGAGUGGUACCGGUGUUGAAACGUCUGACGAUAUCCAAGACAGAUUAAAGGAACAAUGCGACCAGGCGUCACUUUCAGAGUUCAUGGAGGGCAUUAUGAGUGAGAAGCUCAAGAGUUUAUCGGAGGCCUUGGAAGGAAAGACGUUACAGUGUCAGCAAGAGCAGGCUGACCAAGAGAGCUCGUCGACCCAGAUGCUGCUUGUGCUCAGCGUUCGUCUCAAGACAGUCAAGCGAGGAGGUCGGUGCAUCCUGGGGACCAUCCAGCUGGGGGACGCCGCCCCGACCAGCCAGGGACGCUCCCACUGGCAACGCGCCGCUGCCUGCACAGAAGUGCCUGCUGCCGGCACCCAUCAGCUCACCCACAGCAGUGGGUGAAGUGGCACCACCUGCCACCCACGCCUGAGGGUGACGUGGCACCACCUGCCACCCACGCCUG